AAGAUGUACAGUUUCAUGGGCGGGGGUUUGUUCUGCGCCAUCGUGGGCAACAUCCUACUGGUGGUCUCCACCGCCACAGACUACUGGAUGCAGUACCGAGUGUCGGGCAACUACGCUCACCAAGGCCUGUGGCGUUACUGUCUGUCCAACAAAUGCCACUUACAGACGGAAAGCAUAGCCUAUUGGACGGCCACUAAGGCCUUCAUGAUCCUGUCCGGCGCGGCUUGCUUGGCGGGGGUGGUCGCCGGCACGGCGUCCUUUGCGCGCUUCUCCUCCUUCGGAAGAUUGAAUCGCUCCUUUGCUGCUGGAAUUCUCUUCUUUGUUUCAACUUUGUUCGCACUGCUGGCGAUGGGCGUGUACACGGCGGCUACGCUCAACUUCUUGGGCCGGCGCUUUGGCGACUGGCGCUUUUCGUGGUCUUACAUCCUGGGCUGGGUGGCAACCCUCAUGACCUUCUUUGCAGGUGUUUUCUACAUCUGCGCCUACAGGAUGUGCGAGUGCAGGAGAGUGAACACGCCGCAAUAG